AGUCCACUAGAGGUAUACGUAUGUAAAUAUACUUAUAUACAUACAGCAACCCUAAGAAAAUCUCAGAGCACAUGGGCAUUCAUUCUCCCGCAGCAGUUUACAGUUUAUCUUCUCUUCUCUGAAAGUUUAUCUCACUGCUCCAAAUUGAUAUCGGAAUACCCGAUCUUACCGUUUGUUCUCUCCUGCUGUUAACAGGUAUGUUCAUCUGUAUAUGUUUGUUUAAUUAAAUAAAAGAAAGAAGUAUGGUUGAUUUUUAAUAGAUGAUUUUAGAUUAUUUGUUAUUAUGUGAACUUGGUGAAUGAUUUGAUGAGUUAUUUUUUUUGCUGUAUUAAGUUAUGUUUAUUAUCUGGCAUAGUCAAUGUUUUGUCGGUACUUUUAUUUUCAUAUUUACUGAUGUUUUUAAUCAAUCGUCACCAUAAAAGGAACUAAUAUUUAAAGUGAAAGAUCAGGUAUACUAAGGGUAAGUCCAACGCCUAGGAAGAUGAGGGAGUGGAACACGUGCCGAUGAGUUAACGGGUAGGGGUGAGCAUGGGACGGUACAAGAUGGUUAUUUCAAAAAACAUGUCCCGUCCCGAAGUACGGUUCUUUUCAAAAUCAAGAACCGGUGUCGUCCCGCAUAUAUAUAGAACCUGUCCCGUUCCGUACCAAUUUUCAGUACGGUUCGGUACGGUUCGGUACGGUUCUCCGGUGUUAUUUGGUUCCUAAAUAAUUAACCCCCAUGAAAUAUAAUUAACCCUAUUUACGUAACAUUGUUUAUAUCAUUUAGUAUUUUUUGUUUUAAAGCUAACUUUUAAUGAUGUCAAGUCUUAAUAAUUGGAUUACGCCCAAAGAAUAUGCAAGAUUACUCGGUAAUAUAUUAUAUCUAAUAUAUUAUUAUAUUAUAACACUAGUUUUCGGGACAUACGGUCACUAACAUUUAUACUCGGUAAUAUAUUAUAUAUAAUAAAUUACGGAGUAUUAUACUACUACCUCUGGUUUUAUUUAAUCUUCACACUUUGACUUCACACAAAAUAAGGAAAGAAAUUUGACUUUACUGUAGAGUACACUGUUGAGGCACUGUUUGACACUGUUUGGCACUGUUGAGACACUGUUUGACACUGUUUUGAUGUAGAUUUCUUUGCCAAAAAGGAAAUAAGGAAGUGUGAAGUUUAUUUUAGACUGUCCCAAAAAGGAAAGUGUGAAGUUUAUUAAAAACCGGAGGGAGUAUAACACUAGUUUUCGGGACAAUUCGGGACGGUACGAGACAGUAUGGUUCAAUACGGUUCCGGGACGGUUCUCACUAAGAACUGGUACCGUACCAUAUUAUUAAAAAAGCUCGGUACGGUAUUACAUUUUUCCAGUUCUUUCAGUUCUGGAACGGUACAGGACGGUUCUUCGGUACGGAACUGGAAUUCCCAGAUCUGCGCUCAGCCCUAUUAACGGGAACGACCUUGGCGGCUUCUAGCUAGUUAUUGUUUUCUUUAAGUAUUUCAGUUGGUAUAAUAAAGUGAUUAUUAUUACUUUAUUUUAUUUGAGGAUUUGAAAUUUGAAUAAAUUUCUAGAUCCAGGUGAUUAUCACUUUUGCUGGUGAUAACUAGAUUUUAUUAAGUUUUUAUUUGGAGCUAUUUUAGUUACUUUGAGAUUUUAUCAGGUUUAUUUUUUAAAAAAACAGUCGUAUAUUGCAGUUUAUUAUUUUUAAAUAAAAGUAUUAUGCUAGUGUAACGUUAAUAAACUGCAAUAUAGCGACCGUUUGUUUAAGAAAAUAACUCUGAUAAAAUCUCUAAGUAACUAAUAUAGCUCCAAAUAAAAACUUAAUAAAAACUGGUUACCAGCAAAAGUGAUAAUCACCUGGAUUCAGGAAUUUAUUCAAACUUCAAAUCCUCAAAUAAAAUAAAGUAAUAAUAAUCACUUUAUUAUAACAAUUGAAGUAUUUAAAUAAAAUAAUAAUAACUAGCUAGAAGCCGCCAAGGUCAUUGCCGUUAACUCAUCGGCACGCGUUCCACUCCCUCAUCAUCUUCCUAGGCGUUGGACUUACCCUUAGUAUCUGUACAUGCGAAAAAAGAAAAUUCAUAAGCUUAGUAACUCACAAUGGAUCCACAAAUAUAUCUAGAAAUCUAUGUCAAUUUAUGAAUAAAUAAAUUUAGGCUAUAAGCAUGCACUUAACAAAUAACUUACCAAUAGCUUCUGAAAAAAAUCUAAAAAAACACUUUUUUUAAAUAGUUUCUCAAAACUGCUAGAGAGAUCUCAAAAUUACUUGUUAAAACAAUUCUAAAUAACUUCUGAAGAGAUCUCAAAAUACUUUUUUUUUAAAAUAUUCAUGUAAAACUUUCUGAAAGAGAUCUCAUAAACUUUCUGAAAGAGAUCUCAUAAACUUUCUGGAAGAGAUCUCAAAACACUUUCGAUAAAAGCUUUCUGAAAGAGAUCUCAAUAAACUUUGUAUAAAACCUUUUGUGGCUAAUUUUAACUGUCGGCCCAUGAUAUGUACUCAAAUGCGACAAUUCGACAGCUCAGGGGAGCCACCCACUAAACAUAUCGGACCCUCUGAAACUGAUCGAUAACUGUGGCAACUUGUUCCAGAGUACAUAUCACCUAAUCUUUUACUUUAAAUACUUGUUCUUUUUAUGACGAUGUUUGAUUAAAACAUCGUUAAAGCAAAAAAAAAGUACCGACAUAAUCUUGACUAUGCUCGAUAAUAAACAUAACUUAAUACAACAAUCAAACUAAGUCAUCAAAUAAUUCAUGAAGCGCACAUAAUAGCAAAUAGUCUAAAAUCAUCUAUUUAGAAAAAUCAACCAGACUUCUUUCUUUCAUUUGGUUGAACAAAAUCCAAGAGAGCAAGUUCACGCUAUCUCACUAAGGAGUGGAAGGGAUCUUGAAUCUGCUGCCACGGAGAAGAAGGCCGCGGAAGUUGAACCUAAUGAAGUUGUCCCAGAGGAGAAGAAGGAAGAUGAGUAGAAGAAAGAGGUGGAGACAGCCCCAAAACAGCUCGUACCGGACAAAGCUUAUAACUCCCCUUUCCGGCACGCUUGAAGAGAAAGAGUGUCAGUUUGGAGUUUAAUAAGUUUCUGAACCUCUUUAAACAAGUUCAGAUUAACUUAUCAUUCAUGGAUGCACUAGAUCAAAUGCCAAAAUAUGCUAAGUUUAUGAAAGAACUCCUCCCUACGACUCUAGAUGUUGGUUAAAGUGGACAAGUUUGUGAUUUAUGUUGAUUUUGUUGUCUUGGAUAUGCCCCAAGAUCUUGAGGUGCCCUUAAUUUUUGGAAGACCUUUUCUGCCAACUGCUUGGGCCCUCAUAGAUGUUGGGGAGGGAAAACUGAUUUUGGGAGUUGACGAGAAGAAGGUUACUUUUUGCAUGGCCAAAUCGGCAAAACAGUCCUCUGCCAAUCUAUAAACAAAUGUAAUUUUUUAGAUGUCAUGGAGUCACGAGGAGAUGAGAGGGGGAAACCUCUGCCUCUUAAAGAGACUUUUUUUUACCUCAUUUUUUGAUAAAGGGCUUGAUAAAGGCCUAGAAUCACACGUAUGUGAUCCUCCGUUGAACAUAUGAUUUCAUGAAUUUGAUGUUGUGUGCCAUCUUAGGGCAUUUGUAGACAGAAGAUUUGAUAUAUCACUACUAAAAUUUUCCUUAUGUGCUGCUACCUAAUUGCCGCGGUUCUUAGCUAAAGCGUAGCAAUAAUAACAUCCAAGCCUUAGUCCCAAAAGAUAUUGGGGUCGGCUAACAUGAAGCUAAAGCGCAGCAAAUAAACAAAAUCAAUAGGUAUUUGCAGCGGUUCCUCUACGACCGCAACAAAAAGUUGAAAAGUUGAUACUUUUUUGCUGCGUUCGUAGAGGAACCGCAGUGAAUAGUCAAUAAUAUUUCAAACGUUAUCCUACCCUUCAAUCGAUUAGAGCAACCCCCCCAAAUCGUAGCCCCCUCUCAGACCUUGGGGCCGAACAUCGCAGACAGCCACCUCGUCGCGAAAGUCCAGCUCGUCGCUGACGCUGCUGCAGACGCCGACGACCAGCUCCUCGCCGCUGCAGAUUCUCGCUGACGGCCAGCGGUUCCUCGCCGCUGCAAUUCCUCGCUGACGGCCAGCGGCUCCUCGCCGCCGACCAGCAGAACCUCGCCCCUUCAUUGGCUCCAACUAGUGCUGUUAUUCGAGCCGAGCCCGAGUAUCACAAAUUCGAACUCGGCUCGCUCAUUUUUCGAGCCUGGCUCGAUCUCGGCUCGUUGAAAUUCGAUUCUAUAUUUGAUCUCGAACUCGGCUCGUUAAACUAAUUUACAGCUCGAGCUCGACUCAUUAUUAUGGAGCCUCCAACUUCAUCUUCUCUACACUUCAUUCUUGCUUUUUUCAAGGUUAGUUGUUAUUAACUUAAUUUUUCAAUGUUUUUUCUCCAUAUUGUGUAUUGAAUGAAAAAAUUGAGUUUAUUGUUCUUUUUUAUAUUUGUUGUUUGAAAUAAAUUGAACUAACCUCUUUGAUAUUCUUUUUUAUAUUUAUGGAGUUUAUUGUUCUUUUUGAGUUUACUCUAUGAUUUAUUAUGGUUGGUUUAAGUAUAUCAUUUGAGAUUAGGCUUGGACCUUAGUUUUCCCUUGUCUAAGUAAUAUGGGAGUGUUUGGUUAAGAGCUUAUCAAUCUUUUUUUGCCUGAUUUGACCAAUAUUUGGCCUUUUGACCAGAUAAAUCAGCUAACUAGGUGUUUGGUUUUUAUCCCAAACAACCAAAAUAUUAAAAGCUACUAAUCUUGGCGUUUUACGAAUGGUUUUUUCAUAUGCUUUCAUAUAUUCCUUAAACACCCUUAAACACCCACGUGACCACAUCCUCUGCAUCCGUUUCACGCGUCAUUUUAUUUGCAAAACAACCUCUAACUUAAUCGACUUGCUGCAGAAGAUUAGAACAUCAAUGAAGAGAGCAAGCUUGAAGCCUGUAUGUAAUAAAAUACGUAGUAUUCUUUUCAGCUAUUUUUUCAAUUUUGCUUCAAUUAGUCUUGGGGGCAGGGAAAUUCCAUUUGAAGAAUGUUCAAGAAGUUUUGUUAUAAAAUACUACUACCUCCGUCCCACUAAGAAUGGAACGGAAGAAGGUGACAUAAUUAUUAAGAAAGGUGGGUUUGUGUGGUUGAUAUUAAAUUGAUAAAAUAAGAAUAAAGUAAAAAUGGUUUAGAGUCACACAAUCUUUACCAAAUUUGGUAUGAAACAAUCUUCGUGGGACUUUCCGAAAAGGUAAAAUGAGACAAUCUUAGCGGGACGGGAGUACUAUAUACGUCUUUUUUUAUGUUUAAUAAUAAUAAUAUAAUAAUAAUUAAUAAUAAUAAUAUUAAUUAUAAGAAUAAGAAUAAUAUGAUUUUUUUUUAAUAAUAAGAAUAGUAGUAGUAGUAAUAAGAAAAAUAAUAAUAAUGACAAUGGAGAUUGUUGCUUAUGUAAAGUAAAUUUUAUAUUUUUAAUUCAUACAAACGGUUAGGAUGUUAUAUUAA